UUGAUGCACCAAAACUAAAUCCAGAGAUUAAGGCUGCUUUAUCGGAUAUGCUCAUUAAAAAGGAUAAGGCGAUAGAAAAUAAGCAAACGCAGGUUGCAGCAGGUAUAUCGUGCAUUAGCCAAGCUCUCACACGUUUGUUCUCAUUAGAACACAGAGAUCAAUCCGUGAUAAAAUUAUUGAUCGAGGCCGCUCAACUAUUGUGCGAUACACAGUAUAAAGAAUCUAUGACGAGAAGAAGCUUCAUAUGCUCUACAAUAAAGAAGGAUAUCAAAGAUCAACUCUUUAAUACGGAAAUAGACGGCUUCUUGUUUGGCGAAAAGUUGUCCGACACACUCAAGGCUGCAAAAGCAAUAUCAAAAUCGGGUGCUGAGAUAAAAAUAAUCCCACCCGCAAGAAAAACCCCCCCAGCGCAGAAACUGAGACCGGCUCCUGUCCAAACUUUAAACCGGAAGCCUCCGUUCCCGGCAGUUCGGCAAGCGGGAGCAGCGAGGAGAUACGAGCCGACAGCCACGACGACAUCGCGCUCACGGCAGCCGCAGCAGCAGCAACAGCCGCCGCGCUCUCAGCGUCCCCCACGCCCGCGCCGCUAGACCCGCCACCCCAAGCUGACGUUGAUUGCAGGGAAGUUAUCAGGACGGCAUUACUGAAGAGGAGUGUACCACCGUCAUCUUUAAAUAUUAUGAUAGCUUCCCUGUCAAAAAAUUCAAUAAAACAAUAUGACGUCGCUAUAAGACGUUGGGUAAGCUUUUGUAGAAAAAACAAUAUAGAUAUAUAUGAAGCGUCAACUCCAAUGGUUAUUUAUUUUCUAACUGAACUGUUCCAGUUAGGUUUACAAUAUGGAUCAUUAAACAGUCAUCGCUCCGCUCUAUCGUUGAUCCUAGGAUCGAGAGUAGGGUCUGAUGACCGCAUUACUAGGCUUUUCAAAGGUUUCUAUAGACUCCGUCCGCCAGCCCCAAAAUAUGAUAUAACAUGGGAUCCAGCCGUAGUUUUAGAAUUUUUGGCAAAUUGGUAUCCAAAUAACAAUUUAAAUUUAGAAUAUUUGACUAAAAAGGUCGUCACUUUACUCAUGCUAGUGACUGCACACAGAGUACAGACUAUCGGAAAAAUAAAUUUAGAUAAUAUAACUAUUAAUAAUAAUCAUCAGUUAAUAUCAAUAAAAAUACAUGAUUUAAUAAAAACGUCACGUCCAGGUUCAGCUCAACCUUAUCUAAAUAUUCCUUUUUAUAAAGACCGACCAGAGAUAUGUCCAGCGAAAACGUUGGUAACAUACAUCGAUAGGACGAAACCUUUAAGAAAUAAUGAAAAAGUCUUAUUCAUCAGUUUUAAGAAACCACAUAAAUCAGUAUCUACAAAUACUAUUAGUCGGUGGAUAAAAGACACGCUAUCAGUUAGCGGAGUUGACACUUCUAUAUUUUCUGCUCAUUCCGUUAGACAUGCAGCAACCUCUGCAGCUUAUAGAAAAGGUAUCAAUAUUGAUACAAUACGAAAUACAGCAGGCUGGAAUGGCAACUCCAGGGUAUUUGCCAGAUUUUAUCAUAGAGAUAUUCAGUGUAAUCAAUCUAAUCAGUUUGCUCUAUCAAUCCUUAAUACCGAAGCUGAUUGAAAUGUAAAAGUAUUUUACUAAUUUUACUUUUAUAAUUAAUAUAACUAAGUAUAAUAUUAUGUAUUGUAUGUACUCUUU